AUGGCAAUGGACGCCCCCCAAGUCAAGCUCUCGGAGCUGCUCCGGAUCCCCGACGACCUCGACAAGAUCACGGCGAUGAAGCAGGAAUUCACCCGCAAGAAGGGCGCCGUCGAUGGGCAACUACGAAGCGGCCUCCGCGAGCAGCUCGAGACGACACAGUCGGGCAUGACUGGAUUGACCGAGGGACAGAAGGCCGUUCAGCAAAUCAAAGAGGAGAUGAUGAAGAUCGACAAGCUGUGUUCGGAGUCGCAGAACAUGAUCAAGGACUUCGCGACCAUCAAUCUGGUGUCGCAGGCGCAUCGGAACUUUGGCGCCGUGGAGACUAUGCGGAAGAAUCUGGAGACAUUCAACGACAGGCUGGCGGGCGUAGAGAACAUGCUCCGGGACGACGAGGCGGACCAGGAGAACAUGCCGAACCUACUUCCAAUACACUACGAGCUGACACAGCUACGGAACAUACGAGACGAUGCAAUCGAACAAAUACAAAGGAGUGGAGAACAAGAUCUGCAGUCUACGUUGGAGGAUUAUUUCGAGCGACUGGACGGAGCCAUCAAGUGGUUCGACGAGCACAUUGACCUGAUCGCCACGAGUCUCAUCAACCUUGUUACCGCCGAGAACAACGGGCUCAUCGUGCGGUUUGCUGUUGUCAUCGAAGCAGAGGAAAAGAGCGACCAAAGAGUAUUGGCCCUUCAAGAAGCACUCAAGGACCACAAGGAGAUGGCGACGCGAUUCCAGAGCAUCACUGACGGGGCCAAGACCGUGCGGGGCUACAAAGACAAGUUUAUGCAGGCAGUCAAAGAGUACGCGGCCGCGCAGUUCACGGAAAGCCGGGAGGAGUUCUUGGAUGAUCCAACAAAAUUAGAAAAGAUUAUGAAGUGGUACUUUAACGACCUUAACGCCGUCCGGAUAGGCAUGGUCCCGUUGAUGCCUAAGAAGUGGAAAAUAUUCAAGGCGUACGCAGACAUAUACCACGGCCUGAUGCACGACUUCUUAAUCGGCGUGGUCGACGAUCCCGAAAGCAGCUCUGCCAAUACGCUCGAGGUCAUCAACUGGCCGGAAAGGUACUACAAGAAGAUGAAGAAGCUGGGCUUCACAGAAGACCAACUGGUACCACACGUCAUCGACAACAGGGAAGCAGAUCUUGUGCGUGACUUCCGAUCAGUUAUCAUCAAAUUUCUUGACGAAUGGGUGGACCGCAUCUUCAAACAAGAGCAGAAGGACUUCAACAACCGCAACGUGGAGGGAGCAAAUCUGGACGCGGACGAGUAUGGAUACUUCCGCACAAAGAACCUUGUGGAUAUGUGGAGAAUGCUCAGAGAACAGCUGGACGGCGCUGCAAGCUCUCAGCGAGCAGAUGUCGUCGAAGGCGUUGUGGAUGCCAUGUUCCUGAGACUACGACAGAGGCAAGAAGGAUGGCAGAAAAUGUUGGAAACGGAGGCGGCCCGGUACGAAUCAGGAAAAGAACCAGAGCUUGAUGGGUUCCAGACCCUUCAUGACUGGCUCGUGGCGACCGCAAAUGACCAGAUCGCCUGCAUCGACGACAACGAGGAAGAGAAUCGAUUUGCGUAUCUGACCAGCUUCAAGCAGAAGUUUGAGCCCCUGGUCUCGCCGCAAUAUAUGGAACGUGCUGAGAGCGAAGUCGCGACCCUGCGCGACGGCUACGUGGAUUUCAGCACAUGGUGUAUCACCAAGUUUGCCCGCCUCAUCUUUGCCGUGGACUUCAAAGCCGUCAUGUCAGAUUUCUUCACACCGAAAUGGUACACGGGUCAAGCGAUGAAGCAGAUAAUCUACACCUUCCAGGACUAUGUCGAAGAUUACAAGCUGGUGCUCCACCAUAGCAUAGUGGACAUUUUCAUUGAGAUCUUUGCGGAUGAGCUCCUGAUCAGAUACCUGUCGUCGGUGAGGAACAAGGGCGCAAAGUUCCGGCGAGCCGAUAUGUUCAGUGACAAGCUGUUCGACGACCUAUCCGCGGCCUUCGACUUUUUCGACCAGCUGGGGAGGCCGGACGUCGGCGAGGUGAUCAAGUCGACAUGGCGAGUGUCGGAGAACUUCCUCGAGCUUUUAACGCAGCCGAAAGAAGUGAUUCCGGACGUUUUCGAGAACUUUAAGCGGUCCUACUGGGACCUGCAGCUUGGAUGGGUGGAGGCGGUGCUGAGGUCGAGGGACGACUUUGAGAGGAGUAUGCUGAACGCUGUUAAGAGCAGGGCAGCGUCCAUCGUCGUCGACAGGGGCCCGGAGACGAUCAUGGGCAAGAUCAAGUAG